AGGGACUGCCUGAAGCCAGCAGGAAGGGGACACAAGUCAGAGAGAGGACAAAGGUGGAUGCUGGCUCCAAACCUCAUCCCACCAACUCUACCUGUUUUCUCUUUGUUUUCUGGUACCAUUACGCAGUUCGCUCCAGGAUCCUUGCCUAGGCUGGUAACUGUGAAAGCCUCCACCACCAAGAAGACCCUCUCUCUGGAAAAUUGAACCUCCAUUUGGUGACAACUAUAGACCUGUGGAUAUAGGACAAGCGCCUACCAGCUCUUUUGCUGGAUGCCACCUCCUAGUCUUGGAGGUGUUCGAGGUCCAUGGAAGUCCCUGUGUCCAAGGAAUUGUGGCUGAAUUACCCAACAUCAGGAUUCCCAAUCACCACCUCUGUGUCCCCAGAAGCUCCGGGAAGAAAAUAUACCACCCUCUGCUGGCAUCUCCCUGGGCACACACGGAGUGUUCCACCUAGCAGCUGGGCCAGGCCAUGGCAGGCCCUACGAUCCACAAGGACAUGGAGAAGAGUUCAGGAUACUGUGAAGCCCCCGAGAAUCUGGGCUUGUCCUUCUCCAUUGAGGCAAUCCUGAAGAAACCCACAGAAAGAAGAAGUUUGCCCAGACCACAAAGCACUGGUAGAGAGGACUCCAGACAGACAACUAUCCCAGGUUCCAAGCUGGAGAGGCCCCCACAGGAUCAGCCCCAAGAAGAAAAAAAGAACAAGCGGAGAGUCCGCACUACCUUCACCACAGAGCAGCUACAGGAGCUGGAGAAGCUCUUCCACUUCACUCAUUACCCUGACAUCCAUGUCCGUUCCCAACUGGCUUCCAGGAUUAACCUGCCUGAAGCUCGAGUACAGAUCUGGUUCCAGAAUCAGAGAGCCAAGUGGAGGAAGCAAGAGAAGACUGGGAACCUCAGUGCCCCCCAGCAGCCUGGUGAGGCCAGCUUGGCCCUGCCCUCAAACAUGGACAUGUCUGGUCCUGUGCUGACACCCACUGCUAUGACUACAUUGGUACCUCCCACAGAAUGCUACCUACUCUCUCAGACUCAGCUCCCUUCAAGCUGGUUCCCUGCACAGAUUCCCCUUGUCCCAUGGGUGCCAUGGGACCUACAGCCCCUGCCUGGUCCUCUCACCCAGCAUCCUUGUGUCCCUACCUUCAUGCUCCCACCCCUACACCCCAAGUGGGGCAGCAUCUGUGCAACUUCAACAUAGGGACUGAUUUCUCUCUUUCAAAGAAAGCAACUCUCCUCUGUCAGUAGUGGCAGGCAGCCCUGGACCUCAGAAAAAAUCACUCCACAAUCCAUCAAUGGCCCACAGCCCAGGAAGCUACCCAGAGCUUGCCAUUAAAGACUGUACUGGCCCUGGAAGACAUCAAAGGACAGCUCGAGUCUUACCAGCCAGUCAGUCUCCUAGUGCUGAAGACUGGCUGACUAAGGGCUGGGGAUGAAGUCCAGAAUAAGCUGCUCUUCUCUUACCCCUCUGGACAUCAUCUGUAACCAAGCAGCCAUUUCUGUGGACCCCUUUCUCCUUUACUUAGGAGAGCCUUGGGAAAUACAAGGCAUGGAGAGGGGCUGCACAUCCAUGUACUCGUUCAUGAUGUCCAUACUGAACACUGAGCAUGGUACACUUGAAAAUAGAUGUUGAGAUGCACAGGUUAGAUUCUGCCCAGGUUAACUGAAAGGUGAUCCUGACCUCUACCUGCAGAUGGAUAUUGAUGACAUUGCACUGGGCUAGUGUCUAGAACGCUCUGUAUGACUUUGAUAUGAGAAAUCUCAGACUGGGAGAAAAAUGGAAGAAAUGUUUUAAUUUAAAUG